CAGUCAAUGUACGGGUGAACGAACUUCUGUGUUCUAAUACAGUGCGCUGUCAACGACAAGAUGGCAGUGAGUGAGUCUAUGAAGGGUCUUCUACUCUACCUCUGCAUCUGUAGUCAUGUUUCUACUGUGGAAGCGUGGGAACUCACCCUGCUUCACACCAACGACGUCCACGCAAGGGUUGAGGAGACGAGCAACAGUUACGGCAAAUGCACCAAGCCUCCGUGUUUUGCCGGUGUGGCAAGGAGGUUUACGAAAAUACAGGAGAUCCGGAGCCGGGAGAAGAACGUGAUGCUGCUGGACGCAGGCGACCAAUUUCAGGGAACCGUUUGGUUUAAUGUAUAUAAGGGAGCCGAGGCUGCCUAUUUUAUGAAUAAACUUGGCUACGAUGCGAUGGCUCUGGGGAAUCAUGAGUUUGACAAUAACGUGGAGGGACUUAUCAAGCCGUUUCUCCAGGAGGUGAAGUGCACAGUCCUCAGUGCUAACAUCAAAGCAGAUGACACACUUGCCCCACACAUCAGCGGGCUUUAUUUCCCAUAUAAGAUAUUUGAUGUUGGCUCUCAGAAAGUGGGCGUGGUUGGAUACACUUCAAAGGAAACACCUGCCCUGUCACAAACGGGACCUAACUUAGUGUUUGAGGAUGAGAUUGAUGCCCUUCAGCCCCAGGUCGACAAACUCAUCACCCUGGGGGUCAACAAGAUCAUCGCCCUCGGUCACUCUGGCUUCGUUACGGACAAAGAAAUAGCCAGAAGGGUGAAGGGCGUGGAUGUGGUCAUUGGAGGACACAGCAACACAUUUCUGUACACAGGAGAGAAACCUUCCUCUGAGGUUCCGGCAGGUCCUUACCCCGUCAUGGUGAAAUCAGAGGAAGGGCGGGACGUCCCUGUGGUGCAGGCCUUUGCUUUUGGGAAAUAUCUGGGUUACCUGAAGGUGACAUUUGAUGAGGCUGGUAAUGUGGUCCAGGCCACAGGCAACCCCAUCCUGCUGGACAGCUCUGUACCAGAGGACCCCAGUAUUCUUGCUGACGUAAACGAGUGGAAAAAGGCCCUGGCAAAUUACUCCUCCCAGUAUGUGGGGGAGACCCUGGUGUAUCUCAAUGGAACGUUUGAAGAGUGCAGGUUCCGAGAGUGCAACCUGGGAAACCUAAUCUGCGACGCUAUGGUACACCACAACAUUAAAUAUGCAGAUGAGCUUCAGUGGAACCAUGUCAGCUCCUGCAUCGUCCAAGGGGGAUCAAUACGGUCAUCCAUAGAUGAACGCAGCCGAAAUGGUUCCAUCACGAUGGAAGACCUAAUUGCUGUGUUGCCAUUUGGAGGCACCUAUGAUCUGGUGCAGCUGAAGGGCUCCACUCUGAGGAAAGCUUUUGAGCACUCUGUCAGGAGAUAUGGAGGGAACACAGGGGAAUUCCUUCAAGUAUCAGGAUUCCAUGUAGAGUAUGAUAUGUCAAGGCCCCCAGGGGAGCGUGCCAGGAGUAUCAGUGUGCUCUGUACGAACUGCCGGGUGCCCGUCUAUGAGCCACUGGACAACAGCAGACUAUACAAGGUGGUCCUGCCCUCCUACUUGGUGGAAGGAGGAGACGGAUUCUCCAUGAUCAAAGAGGAGAAGCUGAAACACGACAGUGGUGACAUGGACAUUUCGGUGGUGGCCAGCUACAUUACUGAGAGGAAGAAGGUGCACCCAGCUGUAGAAGGACGUAUCAAGAUUUCCAACUCAAAUUCAGGAGGAUCUGGACACACAACUCUAAUCCUCAUAGGGCUGGUGAUGGCUCUGUCUAGGAGCCUAUGAGAUCCCUGCCUGCAACGCUAGCUCGCCAUUGGACGUGUUCUUCUCAGCAUCCAAGGGAAGAACUCAACUCUAGUUAGUCUAGUGAGAGUACAAAUUAAGGACAUUGGUGAAAUAUCCAUUAACAAGGCACUUAGAUAUUUCUAUAUAAAUACUGUAAAUGACACUGGACUUCUCUAGACAGGUUUUGCUUUGUCAAGUCUCAUGUACAGUAACUGCUGUCAAGCUCUUGCUUGGAAUUUUGUUUAUAUAAUAGUACCACAUACAGUGCCAACAUAAGCAAACUUAGAUGACUACUGGCUGUUUUAAUGUGUGCACUGUAUGCUUGCUUAACCAGCAUUAGUUUAUGGGAGAAGAUAUACGAGCUCUGUUUUUAAGCUCUUUGGGACCAGAGAGGUAUCUAGAAAGGAGAUAAAUGAGUUAGUCAACCUUUUGUAAAUAUUUAUAGAAUUCUUUACUAUGGUCAUGAAUGCUAUACUACUGUUUAUUUAUAGGAUGGUAUAAAAUCUGAUCAGGACUUUCCUAAAGUUGGUUAGCUUGUUUCAAAUCUAAAGAAAUACAUUGAGAACCAGAGGUCAUAAAUUGAGUUUCAGUUGUGAAAUGUUUUAUUUGGCUUAGUUGUGAUAUUGAAAUAAGCUUGGUAGUAGUACAUUUAGACAGAUGUCAAUGUUUGUCUAGCAGAUAUUUGUGAUUUAAAAGUUGAUCUUGAACUAGCUCUCAUGCAAAAAAUAAAAUGAGUAGUGUGGCUUU